AACGCGUUGAAUCCGCUGUUGUGAACGCGCAGAUGAGUGACGUGCGCGGCUCAGUCAGCGCGAGCAGUGUUAGCGUGAACGUGCGAGUGAAAUAACUCGCAAAACUGCUGGAAAUCAUCGUCAAAUCAACAAUAAACCGACAGGUUCGUCAGUCAUGAAGGCAAACGCUUUCUCCCGUGAUUUAGGAUAAAAAGAACAUCUGUCAAACAACACACACACACUUAAAUACACAUUACACACACACACACACACACACAUCUCACCUGUCGAUCAAACACCUGGUUGAUGAAGAUGAUGAUGAUGAUGAAGACGCGGCUCUGACUGAAUCAUGGGCUCGUCUCUCAGUGAACCCUGCAUCUACGAUAAGCUGUCGGAGAGCAUCGAGAUCCUGCGGCAGUCCGGAUAUCGCUACGGGAUGUCCGAGAGAGAGAUCGAGAAGUUCAUCAAACAGGUUCUGGAGACGAACGAGCCCCGCCGCGAGCCGCCGCAGUUCCCCGUGCUGAGGGCCGCCGUCAAGUGUGUGGUGGCGGUGGGUGUCCUGCUGGUGGCAGUGCUGGUGUUCUCGUCUUCUCUGGGCUCUCUGAGCGCCGCGGGACACAACAGCUCGUCUCCUCUCAGUCACGUGCGUCUGCUGUCGCUGCCCAUCGCCAAGAAAUACAACCUACAAGGUUUUCACCAGCGGUGGGCGUCCGGCUCCCUGCAGACGGCUCCGGUGAACUGCUCCGCCUGCGCAGACGUGACGGAGGUGCUGAAACUCACGGAUGGACUGAGAGCGUCUGCAGGGAAACUCAGACAGACGCAGCCGCUGCUACUCAAGGGUGGAGCGUCUCUGUCUCGCCGUGUGUCUCAGCUGGAGCAGUUCUCCUCGUCCGACUCGCUCUCACCGACUCCCGCCAACUUCACUCUGCUCUGGAGUUUUUCAUCCAGUCCCAGAGAGACGGUUCUCCGGUGGUUGUUUCCUGAUGCUGAGCUCUGCCCCCUGCUGGACAACACGGGCACCACACUGCAGCGCUGCCAGCUGGGCACCGGCACCGACCCGCAGCACACGAGAGUGCAGGUGUUGGGUUGGCUGGUGGUCGCUGAUGGUUCUCCAGCCGUUCGUGUUCUUCCCGUCCAGCGAUGCCAAAACCACUGCCGCUCCUUCAGCCUGUGGCUGGAGCCGGGAGAUAUGGUGUUCGCCGAUCCGCGCUACUGGCUGAUGGAGCUGCUUCCGUCCGGAGCGCAGAGCGUGCGGUGUGACGGUCCGGUGCUCUGAGACCAUGUGACUGUGUCGGGCACGCUCCUGAGAGGCUCCAGAGCUUCCCUUCGCCCUGAGGCCAUCAGCGCUGAGGAGAACGCCGGUUUCAGACCGCUCAGAGUUCAGACGCUGACGUCGGAUAUCAGGACGCCACCUGACCCUCGGGUUGUGUUGAGGAAAUGACAUCAGUUUAGGUCUUUCCUUCUCUUCGUUUAGUGGUAUUUCAGUUCCAGUGAUGUUUUCUGACGCCGUCCGUCUGGAUGAACCUUGCGGCGGUCAGGAACAUGUUCGCUCAUAUUUCAUUUUGUUUUGUUUAAAGAAAAUCAAGCCAAUUUUAGGACUUUUUGACAUCAUUUUCAUGACGAUUAGGCACUUUUUAUCCUCAAAUUACUGAGAUGCAAAAAAUAUUCUCAUUACCGUAAUGCAAAAAUAAUAUAUUAAGUAUUUUUACAUCAUGGUAAUAUUUGUUGAAAUUAAUUGAUUUUGAUAAAUCACAAUAUUUUUUUCAUGUUAGGGUAAUGAGAAUAUUUUUCAUAAUAUCAUAAAUACAUUUUUUAUGAUGGUAAUGAGAAUGAGAUUUUUUUUUGUUGAGAAUAUUGUUCCGUAUGACAAUUUUUGUUUUGUUUUUUGUAUGAUGGUAAUGAGAACGAGUAUAUUUUUCAUUAUGGUAAUGAAAACAAGAUUUUUUUUUUCUGUAUUUUGAUCCAAACAAUCUUUUUUGUGCAUUACGGUGAUGAGAAUGAGAAUAUUUGUGUAUUGUUGUGGUAAUAAAAUUGAGAAUAUUUUUCAGUAUUGAAGUGUAAGUGAUGAGAAGGAGAAUAUAUUUUUUUGUUACGGUAAUGAAAACAAAUAUUUUUGCAUUACAGUAAUGUGAAUUUGCGGAAACAGUGUUUUAUUGUCAUGAAAAUAACGUCACGAUGCAUUUUCUGAACUCUCUGAAGCCUCUGCAGAUCAGCCAAUCAAAGCACUUUAAAUGUUUGUCAUCAGCCGAUGAUGUCACAUCCUGAUGGCGCACUCGUAGAGUGUUGCGUCUGACGCCGCUUUUGUUGGGCGGAGUCGUUGCCGCUCCACCAAUCAGAGAUGACUGAAUGUGAUGACAUCAUCAUCACGGCGCGUGUCGAUGUUCAUCGUAGCUGAUGUUUUUUGUCCUCCAGAGUCUAAUCAUUGUAAAUAAUGAGAAUAUGAUGAAGAGUAUGUGAUUUACUAAUAUGAUUCAGAGAUUUAUGUUGAUUGUGAUUUUAAUGCAGGAUUUACACAGUAAACAAAAGCUGCUGUUCGUAA